GUGUCGGUCAGUUUGCUGCAGGUGUUCAGUCAGUGGCAGCAGGGGGCGCUGCAGCAGCUCAAACACACCAUCAGCACUCUGACACAGAAGACGAGUCAGAGGGCAAAGGUCACAGCUCCACCCACACAGUCUGAUGACAGCGAUGAUGACACACAGGCGAUGGAGUGUGAAUCUUCCAGUCCAUCAGUCAGCAGGACAGAUCCUCCUCCUCCUCAGGAUGAAGAGGAUGGGUGGACGGUGGUUCGUAAGAAGAAGUGAAGAGGAGGAUGAAGAGCAGUAUGAACUGUUGAAGCAGCUGACCUUUGACCUUCAGAAUGAGACUGUGCGUUUUUAUAUUAAAACUGUUCAAGAUGCUGCUGUGUCCUGUGUGAUGUCAUCAUACUGCAUUUUGACAUCACACUACAAUUAGCGCUCACGCUAUAUACUAUACUGUGACAUCAUAUCCUCCUGUCCUGUUCAUCCAGGCUGAGUGAAGAGGUCAAAGGUCACAGGUUAGGAUCAAAGGAAACGUCUGAGACAAGCUUUAAUUCAUCUUUAUUUUCACAGAAGAAGAAACAUUCCACACAGACAGACGUACAAAAAACUUUGUCUCUGGUGAUGUCACUGUGACAGGCAGGAGGGGGCGGGGUCAGGGGUAAUUUUCAAGGCACUAUUAUAUGAACAUAGAAACAGGUCAGAGGUCAUCUUAGGACGACUCACUUUGAGCUACAGAGAUCAAUACUGUUGUCAAUAGUGUCAUCAAUACGAGCAAUACUGUUGUCAUCGGAGUCUGAGGGGGUCGGCUACAGUGUGCUCGUCUAAACCAAAACUCAUCAUUAGGAGUCUUUGAUCAAUAAUCAAUAAGAUUUCAUAAUAGGACAGCAGGAAGUUAAUUCAGAAAUAAACAAAAUCUGUAAAAUUCAAUAAAA